AUGCAACGACUUGAUGGGUUAGCAAUUGUCUAUUAUCCUCCCACAACUUCGAGAAAGCGACUUCAUUUCAAAACAUGGCCGGCACAGUAUCAAAUGAGGAGGCGUCCGUUCUUGGAAGAAAGCCUAAUUGCACAACAACAACUUUAUAAUACGAAUGAUCAAGCAUGCACGAGCGACCAGUCGAAUACUGACACACAUCAAAACGUGGAUGUAAUCACCCCUCGAAGUGAGGGUGGUCGACUCAGUGCGUCAGCUGUACUUUCACGACCAUCUUCAUCACACGGUGAGAGAUCAGUCGCGGGCAAGGAUGGCUUCAGUAAAGUGCCUCACGAAAUUAUGAUGAACAUUCUAGAACAUUUGGAACCCACAGAAAUAAUUUCCUUGUCCAUGGUCAAUAAAAAGCUCAGAUAUCACACGCAAGAUAAUUACUUGUGGAAACAAAUAUUAUUAAAUGAAUAUGGUGACGUCUCUGUUCAAGAGGAGUCGAUGCAAGUAAACACCGUCAACACCAAGGGAAAAUGGAAAAAAUCGAAAUCUACAAGAAAACAAGUGUCUGAAAAUCCUGAUUGGAGAAAGGUGUUCAUGAGAUUGUCCACGGUAAAUGUCUCGACAAAAACCGCCAUCUUCAAGGGUCAUCCCGGAUCAUUUUAUAAAUACCGUAAUUUUGAUUAUAAAGAUAACGACAUAAGAGAUACAAGCAAUGUUCCUCCGGGAGUUUACGACGUUAUAUGGUGCAUGAGAAUUGAAAAAUCCUCGCUCAAACCGAUUGUCAUUUUUAACACGGAUAUUUGGUUGCGUCACAACAUCUACCUAAGCUCAUACGAACGUGAAUCAAAGUUCUAUUAUGCCCCAAAUUCCGAUGAUUUCACCCAUAUGAUUGACAAAGGAUGGUUUAAUUUCAGACUACCCUUUAAGGUCGUCAUCGCCAGGAAAGAGCAAUCGGUUGACUAUCGUUAUCAGGUUCACACGGCUAUAAAUUGUUAUUUGGAGGAUGAACAAAAUAUUGGAAAAAGUUCUAGUAAAACAAAAAAUAAAGGCCCUUUUUCAGUCGACAGCGUAUGUCUGAGACCUCACAUUGCCUAUGAUCCAAUUCGGACUUCAUCUGCCUUCGAGGAAAACUAUCUAUUACCAGAAUCUCCAUUACCCGUGGAGAUCGAUAGCAACAAUCAUAUUCUGGAUGAAUCCGUGUAUAGCGAUAACGAGUAUUCAGAGUACGACGCGCAGGCUAGUAUAAAUGAGGAUGUGAGAAGUUGUGCUGAUAUUGGGAGUGAUGAGCAUGAUAAGAAAAGGUGGAGCAGGGGGAGCAUUGGGAAGAAGGAUUACAUCAAGAAAAUGCUCUUGUGUUCCGGGUCACCAGAUGUGUAUGUUGAGUGA